AUGUCGCGCGGUAAAAAGUGGUCAAGCGUGAAGGGGCGAGGGGGAGGGAGGUCUACGGAGCGGAGAGAGCGAGGGAAGGGGGCGCAGGACAACUUUCGCGAACAGAGGAUCGACGGGGCCGGCCUCCCGCUGCUAACGGAGGAGCACUUGACGGGGAUGCUGCAGAUGAAACUGGGGCCCGCGCUCAAGCUGCGGGCGGUGGUCGCGCGGCGGCUGGAGGCUUGCGCCGGCUGCCAGGCCACGACCACGACCACGGCCGCGACCACGACCACGGCCACGGUCACGCCGGUGACGACGCCCAACACCACGCCGCGGCUCAACGGCGCCGCACUGAAACCGGAGCCGCGCAGCAACUCGACGAGCCCCAGC